AUGAGUACUGCCUCGAUCUGUCGCAACUGGGUCAACGGCCACUGUCGCUUCGGCAACUCGUGCAAGUUCUACCAUCCCCCCAAGGGGCAACAGGCGGGAAACAGCAAGCCCCAAUACCAGUUUACCGAGGAAACCAUCCGGAAUGACCUCACGGUUGAGCUGCCGCAAUACAUCCUGUCCAACUAUGGUGCUGCCAAGUUCGAGCCAAACCUGAUCUACGACGGCGAUCUUUCGCCAGAAGAGCUGAGGUACAAGAGCUGGGUCGCUCUGAACGAGAACAAGGGGCAAGAAUACGUGCAAGAGGAGCAGACUCUCAUCAACAACUCGAAGCAAAAGAUCAUGAACCUGGUCACCCACCUCUCCAACACCUUUGCCAAUGCGCAAAAGCUCCAUGAAGCUCGAUUUCUAAACGGCGAGAUACCAGGGACUCAGUCGCGGCCAACCUCCUUUUCCGAAGCUGCUUUACUAGCUGCUACUCAGUCGAGCGCUGGAGCAUUUGGCGGAGGAAACACAGCAGGAGCUUUUGGGUCAUCAGGAGGAUCUUCCUUUGGGUCCGGUGGGGCGUUUGGCAGCAAUAAGCCGGGUGCUUUCGGGGGUGCCCCCACAGGCGGGGCUUUUGGGCAGAGUUCGUUCGGAGGCAACAGCAAGUCUUCAGCGUUUGGAAACGGCGGUGCUUUUGGCUCGGGGAGUACUGGAGGGUCAGCAUUUGGCGCCACCCCCGCCCCCUCAGGAGGCGCCUUUGGGUCGACAGCUGCUCCAGCAGCUUCCGGGGGCGGGGCAUUCGGUCAGUCUGCUUUCGGCGCCAAAUCUGCAUCCUCUGGAUUCGGAUCAUCCUCGUUCGGUUCCAGCACUACCCCGUCAGCGUUCGGGGCUGCGAAUCCGCCAACCCCAGCUAGUACUGGAUCCGGUCUCGGCACUUCUGCUUUCGGCCAGAGUGCUAAACCUGCUGGCUCUGCAUUUGGAGGGUCUUCAGCCCCUUCUGCUUUUGGGGCACAACCUGCUGGCUCGGCAUUCGGCUCUUCACCUGCACCUUCUGCGUUCGGGGGCAGCUCAAAUCCAUCAACGUUUGGUGCAUCGGCAUUCGGCGCAAAGCCAGCAACGACGGCCCCUUCUGCGGGCUCAGCUUUUGGCCAGUCAGCUUUCGGUGGCUCUUCUCCUGCUGCUCCCUCAAGCUCGGCGUUUGGCCAAUCCGCUUUUGGUAGCAGCCCUGCCCCUGCUGCACCUACAUCAGGAUCUGCUUUCGGUCAGACAGGCUUUGGGCAAAAAGCGAGUGCGUUCGGGUCCACACCGGCAGCGGGUACUUCAGCGUUUGGAGCUGCUCCAGCAUCUGGUAGUGCAUUCGGUGCGUUCUCGGGCGACAAGCCGGCUGCUGCCAACCCCUUCGCUGUACCUGCCGCACCCUCUGCUCCAGCCAACCCAUUCGGCCAGCCUGCUCCCCCGGCAGCUCCAUCAGCAUUUGGCCAAGCUGCCCCAGCUACGUCUGCAUUCGGAAGUGGCUCUGCUUUUGGGGCCAAAUCUGCUGCCACCUCUGCCUUUGGUUCAGGCUCUGCCUUCUCCCAGCCUUCAGCAUUUGGUGCGGCCCCGCCCCAGGCAUCGUCACUCCCCCAGCCGGAUGGCGAAAUCCCGUCAGGCUGGUCGUGGUCUGACCCUUGGACGUGGAUAACGGUCAGAGACGCGUUGGAAGAUGGAAAUUUGGAUGAGAGUGUGGAGACGGCGUAUAGGAGCGAUAAGUUUGAGCUGGGGGGUAUACCUACUCUGCCUCCGCCCGUGGAGCUGCGGGGAUAG